UACUAAUUUUCCUUUUGAAAAAUAAAUGUUCGUAAUCGAUACAAAGAAGAGAGAAGAACUUGUUCAUAACCCUAACACCUCGAUUACUUUACUACUCUCUCUAUAGAUUUCAAAAAGUUGAUGAAUUAUCGCACAAAUUCCGGAUUUCGACCAUCAAAUUACUUUCUCUCAAUUUGAUGAACAGAGAAGAAGUGUUGGGAAAAAAUGAAUUUCGGGCAAAUUUAACUUCUUUCGACGAGGCCAGAAAUCUGAAUCUUCCGAAAUUUUGAAGGUUUGAACUUUUGAAUCAAGGAACAAACUUUUGUGACAUGGGUGAGAGUUUUAAUUUCAACUAUUCGUCAAGACUUGUCCCUCCUUCAUCAAAACAGCAAUACCCAGAAAGAUUACAGCAUGAAAUUCAAGGGAGUAGUUUCCCAACUUACCUUGAUGUUCCUUAUGUGACCCCUAGAACUAGAAUUCUGUGUGAUAUUAUCUACAAAACUCCGAUACCGGAUAUCGAAGAUGCGUUGAAUAGCAGUGGUAUAACCCCUAGCCCCGAGCUCGUUGAGGAGGUCCUUAAGCUUUCCUAUGGCAGUCCUAAUGCUGCUGUGAGCUUCUUUCGGUGGGCAGGGUUGGCCCACAAACCCUCACUCUAUGCCUGGAAUUUGAUGGUGGAUUUGUUAGGGAAGAACAAGAUGUUUGAUGAAUUGUGGGCUGCCAUACGGUCUAUGAAGGAGGCGGGGUUGCUCUCCCUUGCGACGUUUGUGUCUGUUUUCGGGAGCUAUUGUGUUGAAGGGAAAUUUGACGAUGCUAUGAUGACGUUUGAUGUGAUGGAGAAGUAUGGGAUUGAGCCUGAUGUGGUUGCAGUGAACUCCUUAUUGAGUGCUAUUUGUAGGGAGAAGAAUCAAACAAAUAGGGCUUACAAAUUCUUUGACAAAAUUAAGUUGAAGAUUCCACCUGAUGGGGAUACCUUUGCUAUUUUGUUAGAGGGUUGGGAGAAGGAGGGAGAUGUUUCCAGGGCUAAGACCACAUUCGGGGAGAUGGUGGUACGUGUUGGUUGGGAUGAGAAGAACAUGGCGGCGUACAAUGCUUUCUUGAUGACUCUGGUUCAUGGAUCACAAGUCGACGAGGCUGUCAAGUUUCUCCAUGUUAUGAAGGGGAAAGGCUGUUUACCAGGUUUGAAAUUCUUUUCCAAUGCUCUAGAUAUUCUUGUUAAGCAGAAUGAUUCGACCCAUGCUGUACCUCUGUGGGAUACGAUGGUGGGGAGCGGCAUAAUGCCCAAUUUAAUCACGUUCAAUGCGAUGAUUGGCCUGCUUUGCAACAACAAUGACGUGGACAAUGCGUUCCGCUUUCUUGACGAGAUGCCAAUUUACGGAGUCUUUGCUGACUCGCUGACUUACAAUAUGAUCUUCGAAUGUCUGAUAACCAACAAGAAGGUUCGUGAAGCGGCCAGCUUUUUCAGAGAGAUGACCAAGAAUGAAGUUCCUCCCACACAGGCUAAUUGUGCUGCUGCUAUUAAAAUGCUGUUUGAUCGAGAUGAUCCAGAGACGGGGGUCGAGAUAUGGGACUAUGUGCUCACUAAUAGAGUCAUACCUGCUGAUGAAUGUGCAAACAUGCUCCUCAUGGGGCUUUGUAGUCUGGGUCGAUUUUCAGAGUUGAAGAGGUUUGCCUAUGAUAUGCUGGACCAGAGGAUUAUCAUUUAUGAAUCCACAAUGCGAACAUUGCAGAAGACCUUAUACAAGGACAGCCGGAGUGCUAGAGAUAUAUAUGACAGCCUUGAGAGGAGGUGGAAAGCUUCAUACACUUAGAACGUGUUCGGCAACGGUAGUUGUGGUAGUAGCUUUUAGCUGUGAGAGUAGUUGUUAGCUGUGUGUGUAGGUGUCAGUGGUUGGUGUCUAACUAUUAGUUGUCCAAGUAGCGGGAUAAGAUAUUGAUGUUCGGUAAAAGAAUUUGUCAAAGUAGCUGUUUACAAAUAACUUGUUAAAAACUCAAACGAAACUUCAAUAUAUAAUUUGUAUACCACUAAACGCUACCCCAAAAGCUACAAAUUGUAGCUUUUGACAAACACUAAUAAAACACUACUUAUAUCGCUAAGAGCUACUUAUACCACUCCCAAACCAAACACUACUAUUUUUUCUUUACUAGUGUUUUGAUUAAGUCAAAACACUAAAAGCUACUUCAAAAGCUUGUGCAGGCCCUUAGUGACGCCUCAUUUUGUUGGCCUCUCUCUUCCUCUUUCUCUUUGUGCUCUCUACUUUCGUCUGAUCUCUACUUCAAUUAUUUUCUGCGUUCUUUCAUUUUUCCUAGUUAUGUUAGUAAUUCCUACUUACAAGUAUCAUAUAUACUGGGUUUCUUGUUUUCGUUUUGUUUGUAUUGUUGCUUCAACUUUGAACAAUCAAAAUCCGUUAUUGCUCAAUAUAUAAGUCUUUUUCCAUUCUCUC